AAGACGAAUGUUGCGUGAUGACGUCAUAGUACAGUGUCGCGCGAACGCUUGGAGUAUGAACUGUUCAACCUGAAGGCUCGUUCCAAAAUAAGAAAGCAAUCAUGUCCAAAAUAGACAAGAUGAGCAUCCUGGGGGUGCGAAGCUUUGGAAUUGAGGACAAAGACAAGCAAAUAAUCUCGUUCUUCACUCCCCUUACUGUUCUGGUUGGUCCCAAUGGAGCAGGCAAAACGACCAUUAUUGAGUGCCUCAAGUAUGCUACAGCAGGGGAACUUCCCCCAGGUUCUAAAGGAGGUGCUUUUGUCCAUGAUCCAAAGGAUGCCCAUGAGACAGACGUGCGAGCACAGAUUCGACUUCUGUUCUCUGAUGUCAAUGGAGAGAAAGUCACCAUCCAACGUUCCAUGUCCUGCACCCAGAAGGCGAAGAAUUACUCCUUUAAAAGCCUAGAGCAGGUUAUUAGUCGGAUAAAGGACGGUGAAAGCGUGAGCUUGUCAUCCAAAUGCGGCGAGCUGGAUCGCGAGAUGAUUUCUGCACUCGGUGUAUCCAAGCCUGUGUUGAAUCACGUCAUAUUCUGCCAUCAAGAGGAUUCCAACUGGCCACUCAGUGAGGGCAAGGCGCUCAAAGAAAAGUUUGAUUCCAUCUUCGCUGCAACCAAGUAUAUCAAAGCUCUGGAUACGAUGCGUCAGUUGCGUCUCAAGCAGAGCAACUCUGUGAGAGAGUGCCAGGUGGAGUUACGCUUCUUGAAGCAGAACAAGGAGAAGGCCCAGCAGAUUAGAGAGAUUGUCGGUAGCAAGGAGGCUCAGCUGAUAGCCUCCAAGGACAGCAUCCUUGUGCUUGAAAGCCAAAUUGAGCCACUGGAAAAUCGGCUGGCAGACAUCGACUUGAAAUUGGGCAAGGUGAUGAAGCUGGACAAUGAUAUUAAGGCUUUGGACAGCCGGAAGAAACAGAUGGAGGAGGACAACAAAGAGCUCGAGGAAACAAUGGAACAGGUGUUCCAGGGUUCAACUGAACAGCUGCAAGAGGUUUACCAGAACCACCAGAGAACAGUGAAGGAGAAGAACCGCAGGCUGACAGACUGCCAAAAAGAGUUGGAGCGAGCCGACAGGGAGUGUCAGAGACUCAACAGGGAAAAGUCCGAUCUCCUGGUGGAACAAGGACGUGUCCAGCUAGAGGCUGACUGCCACACACAAAACAUCAAGACCCGUGACACUCAGGUUCGGUUAUUGUCGUCCCAACUGGAGGUGGAAGGCUACGACCGGCCACCCUUUACAAGGGUUCAACUCGAGAGCUUUCAUCGUCAUGUCGCUCAGAGACUGGAGCAAGAAAGAGAGACAGUCGCUCAGGUUAUGGCGGACCUGCAGGAAAGGGAGCAUCAGAAACAACAGUCAAUUGAUGAGAUCAGGGAUAAGAAGACGGGUCUGGAGAGAACAGUGGAGCUCAAAGAAGACCUGCUGGGAACGAAGCAGAUUGAGCUCCGGAAUGUCCGCACUGAGCUGCAGAGGCUGGAAGGUUCGUCCGGCAGAAUGCAAGAGCUGGAAAACGAGCUGGCAACAGCGGAGCGUGAGCUGCAGAGCACCCUCCAGACGUCCAACGUGGAAGAGCUAAAAGUUGAGGUUGUGCAGCUCCAGAGAGAAAAGGCAGAGCUCGACCGCACACAGAGGCAACUGGACCAAGAGAUGGGAGUGCUGAACUUGCACACGACUGCGCGCACACAGAUGGACAUGUUGACUAAGGACAAGAAAGAGAAAGAGGAGCAGGUACGCAAGAUCAAGUCGCGUCACAGUGACGAUCUGGUGUCACUGCUGGGCCACUUCCCCAACAAAAGAGAGCUGGAGGACUGGCUUUACUCGAAGUCAAAGGAAAUACACAGCACCAGGGACAAACUGGCCAAACUCAAUAAGGACCUGGCUUCCAGCGAGCAGAAUAAGAGCCACAUUGCUGCCGAGCUACGUAAAAAGGAGCAGCAGUUGACAAACGAUGAAGAGAAAUUUUUCAACGUGUGCGGCAGUCAAGAUCUGGAGCAGGACCUGAACAAAGUGCAGGAGGACCUGGAAAAAAUGUCCAAACAAAGAGCCAUGCUCGCUGGAGCCACUGCCGUCUACACUCAGUUCAUCAGCCAGCUGACUGAGGAGAGAGAGCCCUGCUGCCCCGUCUGCCAGCGGACGUUCCCGUCGGAGCCUGACCUACAGGAGGUCAUCAGCGACAUGCAGUCCAAACUGCGUUUGGUUCCAGAUAAGCUGAAAAACACCGAGCAGGACUUGAAAAAGAAGGAGAGGAGGCGAGAUGAGAUGAUGACCCUAAGACCAGUCAGGCAGUCCAUCGUGCAGUUACAGGAGAAGGAGUUGCCUGAGCUGAGGACUCGACUGCAGAGUGUGAACAGGGAUAUCGAAAGGCUGAAAAGUGAUGCGGAGGAGCAGGAGACUCUGCUUGCCAUGUUGAUGUCAGAGGAGGAAACUGCCAAGGCCUGUCAGCAGGACAUCGCUCUUAUGGACAGAUUCCUGAUGGAUCUAAAGGAAGUGGAGAGGAAAAUAGCUCAGAAUGCAGCCAAACUCCAGGGAGUAGACUUGACCAGAAGCGUCCAGCAAGUCAGUCAGGAGAAGCAGGAGACUCAGCUCAAGUUAGACACCACAUCCAGCAAGAUGGAGCUGAAGCGGAAGCUGAUCCAAGACCAGCAGGAUCAGAUUCAGAUGCUGAAGAGUUGCGUGAACGAGACCAAAGCGGAGAAACUCCAGCUGAGCAGCGACAUGCAGAAGCAGCAGCAGCUGGAGGAGCAACGUGUCGAUUUCACCACUGAGAUUCAAACCUUAACCAGGGACAUCCAGGAAGCAAAGGAGCAGCUGUCUCCGUUGCAGUCCACCUUGAAUAAGAUGCAGCAAGAGAAACAGGAGUUGACGGAACGUAAAAGGCAGAAGCAGGAGCAAGGACAGGAGAAGAUUAACGCGAUCAAAGAGAAAGUAAAGACCAUCUCCAUCUUGGAGAAGGACAUCAACAAGUAUCUUGAAGAGGGCAAACAUAAAUACAAGGAGCAAAAAGAGGCUGCGCUUCAAGCAGCCAGCACCUUGCUCCAUGAGGCUGAACGACACAAGGAGAAGAUCAGCAAAGAGAUGGGAAACAUCCGUCAGGAUAUUGACACGCAAAAGGUUCAGGAGCGCUGGUUACAGGACAACCUGACCCUAAGAAAGCGGGUUGAGGAACUUAAAGAGGUUGUGGCUAAGCGGGAGGCCCUUUGCAAAGACAUAGGCAACAUGCAAGUGAUGCAGCUACGCCAAGAACGGCGUGAAGCCGAGCGCAAGGUGGAGGACCUAAAGAAGAGCCGCAGCAUUGCGCUGGGUCGCCAGAAAGGCUUCGAGGAGGAGUUGCUGCAUCACAAAAAAGAGCUGCGAGAAGACCAAUACAACAAAGCAGACGAGCUCUACAAAAACAAGAUGAUCGUAAUGCGCACGACAGAGCUGGUCAUCAAAGACUUGGAUCUCUACUACAAAGCCCUUGAUCAAACCAUCAUGAAGUUCCACAGUAUGAAGAUGGAUGAAAUCAACAAAAUCAUCAGAGACCUUUGGCGCAGCACCUACCGAGGACAAGACAUCGAGUACGUGGAAAUCCGCUCAGACGUGGAUGAGAACUCGUCUGCCGGAGUGAGACGUAGGAUUUACAACUAUCGAGUCGUUAUGGUCAAGGGAGACACCGUUUUGGAUAUGAGGGGACGCUGCAGUGCUGGCCAGAAGGUGUUGGCAUCUCUUAUUAUCCGUCUUGCCUUGGCGGAGACCUUCUGUCUGAAUUGCGGUAUCCUGGCACUGGAUGAGCCCACCACCAACCUGGACAGAGAAAACAUUGAAUCGCUGGCACACGCCCUUGUUGAGAUCAUUAAGAGUCGUUCCCGCCAGCGCAACUUCCAACUGCUGAUCAUCACGCACGACGAGGACUUUGUGGAGCUGCUGGGCCGCUCCAGUUACAUCGAACACUUCUAUCGCAUCCGCAAGAACCAGGACCAGAACUCUGAAAUCACGAAGUGCAGCAUCAGCUCCCUCUCCUCCUAUCUGCACUGAGCAUGCCGCCACAGUCGUACAGUAAACUCCCUUUUGGUUUCAUCAUUACCCGUUGGCUGUUCCAUUCAUGUUUGUUCACGAUUGAAGAAAUCCCCUGAAUUUACACAAAAAUCAUUCUUUGAAUAAAAAUUCAAUUUUUCUGUG